AUGGGCGACGACACUGGGUCGCCGGGGAGCUCGGCCUCAGCACAUCGAGGAACGCUUGCAUCGUGCAAGCUCUGGCUCAAAGGACGAUGCUUGGGAGUAAGUAAGAAAUUCGGUUUGCUGUGUUUUGUGUGUGUGUGCACGUGUGUUUGCCGCUUCUGGGGUCAGACAAAAACAACUGAGACUCUGGUCAAAUGCCCUGUGUCGACACCGUCCAUACUGGUCAAAGACCUUCGCGUGAUCACCAAGAAGGAAUCGAAUCUGAGAAAAACGAGAAAGAAACGAGGCAUCUUGCUUGCAGCGGCGGGGAAAAAGCGGCCUUUCAAGAAGAGCAAGAUUGCGGUCCCCGCACCGAGCUGCUACGAAUCCUGGCCUGUGUUUCGGCCUUUUGAUUUGUUUCAAGCAAUCGUCCAAGCGGGCUUGAUCAGCGAACUGAACCACCCAGUGCAAAGCUGGAGCGAUAAUGAGAAAGCGACGGCCUACCCAAUCUCCAUUUAUGGAGAUGAGGGCCAGAGCAAGAGAAGCAAAAACAUGCUCAUCAUUGAUUGGGCUCCACUAGCAAGCACGAAGGAACCCAUGUAUGGCAAGUUUCCUUACGUUGUCAUCAAAAGCGACCGUUUUCAUUAUGCUGGUGACCGAAACAUCACAUUGGAACAUCUCCAAGCCGAUCUCGUCAACUCCCUUAAUCACUGCGCUGAUAGGGGGAACGGAUUGGGAGCCACGCUCCACGUGGUGACAGGAAAAGCGGAUUGGAAAUUCCGCAAGGAGUGGCUCCAACAGAGCCGUUUUUACGGCAAGAUCGGCCACGGCACUCACGGGAUUUGCGCGAGGUGUUUCGCGGCAAAACACGAUUGGUUGGAUGUCGAAGAAAAAUUCAACAACCCAGCGGAUAUUGCUCGGGCUCAGGAAACAGCAGUGGGGCCCAACAUACCCUUCCGGGAACUCAGCGGAUGGUCUUGCAAUAUGGAAGUACCUGAUGUUCUACAUUGCGUCUAUUUGGGCUCUGGCAGAGACCUUGUUGGAAGCAUAGCUAUGGAAAUGGCUGAAAGAAGGCAAGACUUGACUGGGUCAACGUAUGAUGAACGUUUGGAUUGUUUGCGGCGGGACAUCCAAGCUUGGUGUGGUAAACACAAUAUCAGACCAUCGACCAUUGAUGAACUGAGAUUCUUGUUCUUAAGGCAAACAACGCUGGAGAGUUUCCCAUGUUUGUUUUCCGACUCCCAAUAA